GUUCACUUUACGAAUUUUGGCAAUUGGAGGAAGACCACUUGUUGGUUGUUUGACUUUUUUAAACAUUUUUUUGUUGGGAAAAAGUAUUAAUAAUGGUUUCGUUGAAAUUUCUGUUAGGUUUCGUCUUUUUAAUAGGAGGUAAGUUAUGAAUAUAAUACAAAUUUAUCUAUUUGGAAACCUUAUUAAUAUUCCCCCCUUUCGAAUGUACAGUCGUUGGAAGUGAAAGCCUAAAAUGCCCUCAAUAUUACCAAGAAGUAGAGGGUGGUUGUUUCAGAAUUGUGUAUAUUAAAGAGGUACGAAUUUUGAAUGACUCCAUUUUUCAUUUAUUUUUUUUUAUUGUAAUAAAAAUAAUUAAACGACCAAAAAUAUUUAGGGAGGAACAAUCGUAAAUAAUAGAGAGACGGCUACACAGUUUUGUAAGUUGGCGUUUUUUGAUUCGGUAUCUCAAAUGCAGAAUGUUGAGUCAAUUGUUCGAAGUUCACAUGCCGAAAAAUUUACUUCGGUUGAUCAUUUAUCUUUCUGGUUUGGUAUGUCGAAACAUGGCAACCAUUGGAAAUGGGAGCGUUUCGGGAACGAGACAAUGAUAUUUGAUCAAAUGAUGUAUGGCAUUAUAUAUGGUCGAGUAUUUCCAUCUUGUCUAGAUUAUACACAGGCAACGUUGAACAUUUAUCAAAUUGUUGAAACUCAAAUUAUGACGACAAGUAAUAAUGCUACCGCCGAUGGUUUAAUAUGUAGAGCCGAUUAUGAAAAAGGCCCUGAAAAUGUUAUUGAAGGCGAUCCGCAUAUAAUUCAAAAGUUGUUGAAGAGUGAGGAGAAGUUUUGUUAUGAUCUUAUUGGCAAGUCUGGUGAUGUUUUUACAUUAAUUGAUGAUAGAGCAUCGGAAGCAACUGUAAUGGCCGAAUUAAAAGACGAUUAUUAUUUUCAUAAAGUUAUACUAAUUAGCGGAAAAGAUAGAAUUGUUAUCUCUGCCGAUUACGGGGUUGUUGGUGAAAAGAAGAUGAGCUGGUCGGCGGGAGAUGGUAUGAAAUUGUUUAAAAAAGGGAUUGCCAUUGCGAAAAAAGAUUCGCUAUUCUAUGUGCUUUUGGGUGUAAACGACUUGUAUGGUAUUAAGAUAGUAAGAAAGCAAAAGGAUUGGGGCUACUACAUUGACGUCUUGUUCGAUCAAAGAAAGGGAAUUCAAAAUAUUAAUUCACUAUCUGGUGGUUUGUUUGGUUGGGUUCAGAGUGGCGACUACGAAUUUAAUUUUCCAGUUCAAAGUCAUACAGAGGGUAAAAAGCUUCGAGGAUCUAUUCAAGUACGAGGUAAACUUUUCGACGCUUUCUACAUAAUCGGCUUGGAUGGAAAACCGUGUUGGUCUCUUCCAAUCGACCAUAUCCUAUAUCCAAGAAAUUCUAAUCACUUUCGCCUGUAA